CAGUAAUGAAAGUACAGUGACGUACUGGUGACGUUAUAGAAUUGAUUUAUUUUUUUUGACAAACAAAAAAAUUGUUGGUGUAUUGUUGCAAUUCAAAACUCUCGUACCCGGUAUUAUGUGAAUCAUAAUAAUUGUUUUUAAUUACGCAAACAAGUAAAAAAGUACAUACUGAUAUUAUCGAUUAUCUAAAAAGAAUACAAAAUUCUUCAAAAUGGAAGCAGCCCCAAAACUACCUAUGAUUUCAUUUGAUUUAAAGACAUGUACAGAGAAUGUCCAUUUUGGGCUACAAUUGAAGAAGUAUAUUGCAGCAUUUUAUGGAGAAGACCCAGACUCUUAUAUUACUGAAAUAAAUAACCUUGAAGCUUUAAGAGCAGCAGCAGUACGACCAACAUUGGAUGUAAAUGGUGUACAAUUACUGAAAAAAUAUUACUGUCAAUUGCAUUUUUUAAAAUCCAGGUUUCCUAUGGAAGAGAAUCAGGAUGCUUCUGUACAAUUUUCUUGGAGAAAUAAUCAACUGGAUUUAAACGGUGCUUCUACUGAUGUAAGAUAUGAAUUGAUGGUAAUAAUGUAUAACAUUGGUGCCUUACAUUCAUAUUUAGGCGCUAGUGAUUUACGCAGUAGUCCAGAUGGUAUGAAAAUGUCUUGUACUCAUUUUCAAUGUGCAGCUUGGGCAUUCCAGACUGUCAAAGAAAAAUAUCACCAAUUUAUAAUUUAUGUCUCAUUAGUGGAACUUGUUCAUUUUUUUCAACAAGUCUCUUUGGCUCAGGCACAGGAAUGUAUUCUCGAAAAGAGUAUGUUCGACAAUAGAAAACCCACAAUUAUUGCUAAAGUAGCUGUUCAAGUUUACAGCUAUUAUAGACAAUCUCUAAGCAUCUUAGAAUCUGUCAAUGAAGACUAUUUCAGGGAUAAAGUUUACAAGGAUUGGACUAAAUUUCUACAAUUCAAGAUUGCAUACUAUAAGUGUAUAUCUUUAUUAUUUCAUGGACAACAGGCAGAAGAACAACAGAAGAUGGGAGAAAGAGUUGCAUAUUAUCAAGCUGCUUGUGAACAGCUUGAAGAAGCCAAAAAAUAUGUGGCAUCUUUAAAAAACCAAAAUCAGCAGCAAGAAGUAGCUGAGGCAUUAGCUUUCACUACAGAUGUUGUCGAAGGUAAAAGAAAAGCAGCUAAAAAUGAGAAUGAAUUUAUAUAUCACGAAUCAGUUCCUGACAAAGAUCAAUUGCAAGAAGUUAAAGGGGCUUCUUUAGUUAAAGGAAUUCCAUUUAGCAUUAAUGAUGUAGAGGUUUCAGGUCCUGACAUCUUUUCUAGACUGGUACCAAUGGAGGCACAUGAAGCUGCUUCUUUAUAUAGUGAAAAGAAAGCGCAGAUGUUACGUCAAAUAGGGGAGUUAAUAGAAAACAAAGAUCAAUCGCUGGCUGAAUUCAUGUCUUCUAUGCAACUGGAUUUAUUAACAAAAAUGCAUCAGGCUACAGGAAUACCUCAAGAUCUCAUCGAUAGAGCAGCUGCUCUGGCCGCCAAACCAAAUGCAGUACAAGAUCUUAUAAAUUCAAUGGGAAAACUAUCGAAUAUCUACCAGGACGUUGAAGCCAAUUUAAAAGAAAUUGAUGCUUUAUUAAAAGCAGACGAAGAGGCUGAGAAAAUUUACCAAGAAAAGAUUGGAAAAAGACCUCCCAGUAUACUAGCUACUGAUUUAACAAGGGAAGCAGCUAAAUACAGGGAAGCCCACUCUAAAGCAAAUGACUCAAACCAGACAUUACACAGAGCAAUGACUGCUCAUGUAGCCAAUUUAAAAAUACUUCAGCGUCCUUUGAAGGAGCUUCAGCUUAAUCUUCCGUUUGUCGAGCUACCAAGUGCGAAUAUUGAUGAAAAAGCGUUAAAAGACCUAGAAAGUCUAGUAGCUAAAGUAGAAGAGAUGCGAAAUCAAAGAGCUAUGCUGUGGGCUCAAUUAAGAGAAGCCGUUCAUAAUGAUGAUAUUACUAGUUCUUUGGUGACUAAGCAACCUAAUCAGUCAUUGGAACAAUUAUUUCAACAAGAACUUCAAAAACAUCAACAAAUAAUAACUUUAAUAGAACAAAAUACAGCUGCCCAAGAAAACAUAAAGAAAGCUUUAGUAGAUGCCUAUGCUCAAGCAGUUAAUACCAGACGAUAUAUUCAAGAUAUUUUACAAAGAAGGACCUCGACUAUCUCAUCAUUAAUGGCCUCUAGUGAUUCUUAUGAUGACUUGCUUUCUAAAGCCAAUAAAGGAAUUGAAUUCUAUACUAAACUCGAAACAAAUGUUUCAAAAUUGUUGCAGCGAAUUAAAAGCACAUUUAAGGUCCAACAAGAAGAAAGGGAACAAGUGUUGGGUACUGCAGAAUUUCCAGUUGCUCCUAAAACUGAUGAUACCUCAGGGGUGGUUGCUCCAAAACUAAAAGAUUAUUUAGAAUCACGAAAAAGGAAUCCAGUAACAAGUAACUAUCCCGAUCCGAAUAUUCAAUAUCCACAGCCAGCAGCGAGUUAUGGAGUAAAUAUGGAAUAUCCACCGGGUAUUAGACCAACGCCAGUUGGUUCUGAGUUUACUACAGAUUUGCCCAAAACUCUUCCUAGAGACGCCCAAAACUAUAUGCAAUACAACUACAAUUAUCAACAGCCUUCGAAUACCAGCAGUCAUUUCUCUGAAGAGGAUAACUUUAAGAAAAUGAAAUCUCUGCACACCAAUCCCAAAGACAUACAUACUCAAAAUUAUCCCCAAUACUCCUUUAAUAACUAUGUACCUCAAAAUUAUAGUUCAACCAAUUAUAGUCAGGCUAAUGAAACUUUCUCCAGUGGAAGUCAGUCCGAAUUAAACUCUCCUUAUGAUUCUUCUAAAGCCUUUACUACCACAACAAAUUCUUACCGAUCUUUACAAACUUCUGCUACAGCAGGCUUUGUACAAUACCCGGAUGGUAAUUUAAACAGUACCGCAGCAAUGGGAGUUGCGGGGAACUACCAGUAUCAGAAUAUUCCUCACUCAGCUCCUCCUGGCAUGGAUCGUAAUGUUAAUGUUUAUUAUCCACAUGGUUAUGCUCCCAACCAAGGUAUGUCGAAUAAUUCCGAUGGUCAACAUGUGAGUGGCGACGUGAAAUAUCACUCUGUAGAGUAUGCUACUUCUGUCCAACCCAAUAUCACGACUUACAAUCAGAACGCUAUUUAUUCCUCUCCUAUUUCUAAUAUGUCCAGCACUAAUUCCAUGGAACCGAAUAACAAGGUUACAAAUGAUUAUUAUUAUCCCAUGGCGUCCAUCAGUGCUAAUUCCAGUAUCGCAAGUUUGCCAGGAUCCGGCCAAAUGUAUAACAGUCAAGGUAUUUCUUCAUGUUCUUCAACUUCAAGUUACUAUUCCGCAAAUUCUUUUGCAGUUGCUGGUCAGCCCUAUCCUGCCACAAGUGAAAUACAACAAUAUUCACAGGUUAACCAAUAUGGCAAUGCUCAUGGUAGUGGUACAUAUCACCCUAACCAAACUGUCCCUGCAAAUGCAGGUCAAGUUAAUUCAACAUACCUUCAAAAUCAAAGUGCCCCUACCAAUGUAAGUCAAGCUAAUUCUACAUAUAUUGUUAGCCAAAAUAUAUCGAAUCUUGGUUCAACCACUACUGCUUAUUAUGCUCCUACAACUGUAGCACAAGUCAGCUCUACAUACCUCCCCAACCAAUCUUAUAAUCAGUAUUACACAGGCUUAAAUUCUAGUUUACCUACGCAAAAUUUGCAAUCUGGGACUCAACCUACAAAUUACGGAUAUCAAGCGUCUUAUGGCAUUCCAUAUUCCUCUUCAAAUCAGUCCAUUUAUAAUUAUAAUACAACUGUUUCUACAGCUACUCAAUCCCAAAAUCCUCAAUCCCAACAUCCUCAAUCCCAACCAACGAAAGAAUCCAAUAUUGAUCUGUUGAGUGGUUUAGAUUUCAAUAUCAGUCAAGCUCCUCUUGUACCACAACAAAAUAUCAAACCCCAACCAAAAGAAAGUGACGUCAAACCUGUUAAUUCAGAGGCUAAAAUGGUCGCUGUGAAACCAUCAACCAAUCAAGAACAAAAUACUGACUCAAAACGUAUUAAUAUUAAGAUCCUUCCUAGCAAGCCUUUAAACAACGCAGAUGUUAAAAAUUUAUUUAGCCAGGAAUUGGAAAAGUAUGAAAAGUUCGUGGAAACUUUAACCAAUAAGACUUUGAGCGGACCAACUAAUUUAGAUAUUAAGUGGAAAGAGAUACAAGACCAGCAAGACUGUGAUGGACAGAAAAAGAUUAUUUCUGUGGCCAGAUGCUAUCCUAUGAAAAAUAGGUAUCCCGAUAUUUUGCCUUAUGAUUCUUCUAGAGUGGAACUAUGUGAUAGUAAGGACGAUUAUAUUAAUGCUUCAUAUAUUAAGGAUGUAUCACCAUAUGCGCCUCCGUUUAUUGUAACACAAACUCCACUACCCUCUACGAUUGGUGAUUUUUGGACAAUGGUAAGGGAACAGCAAGUUGAAUUGAUCCUUUGUCUACAAAACGAUAAUGAGAUUGGUGAUGAAAUUUAUUGGCCAAGGGAAAAAGGCCAAUCUAUAAAUGUCCUAAACAUGGUUAUUACUUUGCAAAGCGUCAUAACAAAAUCUCACUGGGUUGAAAGACUGAUAGCUGUCAACUUGCCAGAAAAGCGAGAGUCCCGUGUGAUAAUGCAUUUACAAUUUACUUCUUGGCCCGGCAGCUUAUUUCCUACAAGUUCGGAUCCGUUUAUCAGUUACACAUUAGAAUCCAUUAGUAUGUACCAACAACAGAAAUCCAAUACUCACCCGGUUGUCGUUCAAUGUCCAUCUGGAAUUGGACGAAGCGGUUUGAUUUGUUUACUUACGGCAGCCAUAUUCGAUGUCGCCAACAACGCUAAUUGUAUACCGGAUUUAACUGUUUUGGCUAUAAAAUUAUCUAAUUACAGAAAAAACAUUCUUAGAGAUCGAGAACAUUUAAAAUUUGGUUUUGAAAGUUUAUUGGCUUACAUCAGACAGGUUGUUUCCGACAAUAAACUGAGAAGGAAAUUGAAUGAACUUGGGCCUAAAGUUAAAGAAGAAAUACAACCCAUUCCAGUUAUUCCCGAAAUGAAUGUUGAUCCGUUAAGUACUUUGGAUCCAUUCUGGGCUAGUAAAAAGUAGUUAUUUAUUAUAUAUUUUAUAAGCAAACGUAUUUUCCUUUAUAAUAUUCAAGUUUAUGUAUAUUUACACUUGUAUUAUAUUUUUCAUAUAUUGACUAAUCGCGCCGUUUUAAGACUAUAAAUUGUAUUCGCAAACAUAUUUGAUUAUUUAUUAGAUACGAAAUUGUAAAUCAUUUAAACUAAAUAAUGGAAUAUUUCCUUAUGUAUAUCAUUUACUCUAAAGAUAUGCUAUUAUGUUAAUCAUAUGUAAUUUGUGUAAUGCUGCAAAAGUUGUUAGAAAAUAAACUGUCAAGUU